GUUGACUCCACCCACUCCAUCAUCACCUCGCGCCAGCGAGUGGAGGCCACGGUUACGGCCGAGAUCUCGACUAUGCGCUUAGACAUGGGAGACAUGCAGGAGGCGCUGAAGGCACACGAUGCCUGGAUGGAAGAUGUCUCGCAGAGCCUGCAGGAGGCACAUGAGCGGUGCCAGCAGAUUGGCAUUGACAUCAACGAAGUGAACCAGCAGAUGCAGGUAAAGCUCGACGCGAAGACCGACAUAGUGAGCUGGAAUGACAUGAAUGAUGACAUUGACGCUUCCAUCAGGACAGUGAGAGACAUGGCUUCCUCCUUGCGUUUCGAGGUUGACAGCAGGCGCCGCAGGGUGGACGAGGAGCUAGCCCGGCUGCGUUCCGAGAUGGUGUCGAUGGACGAGAGGGUAGCGGCCAAGACCAGCGACGUCCAGCGCCAGACAGAUGAGAAGACUACAGCGAUAUCGUGCCAAGUGGAUGAGGGCGCACAGCAUAGACGGGAACUCGAGGCAACCUUGGGUCGCCAUGCAGAAACUCACAGCCUCAUUCAGGGUCAG